CGCUGGCGCGGGUCCUCCGCCGGUUGCCAUGGCGACGGCCCCUCAGGACGCCCCCGUGCGGGGCCUGGUGCGGAGCCUCGCCCAGCUGCUGCGGGACUCGGGGGAGGAGGUGGUGUCGGGCCGGAGCCUGCUGACGCUGCCCACGGCCACGCUGCGGGAUUUGCUGCGGGAGCUGGAGCCGCUGCUGGGCCCCAGGGGGCAGGGCCAAGGUCAAGGUCAAGGUCAAGGCCAAGGUCACGGCGGGUUCGUGUCCCUGCCGUCGCACCCGUCGGGCUCCCCGCACCUCCUCCGCCUCCAGUUCCUCUUCGACGUCCUGCAGAGCGCCCCGCGCCUCAAGCUGGUGCAGGCCGGGCCCCAGUGCCCGCCGGGCCCCGUCCACCUCUUCCCCUUCAAGGCCCUGCGACAGCUCGAGCUGCAUGGCGUCCCCCUGCAAUGGCUCCGCGGGUUGCGAGGCGUCUACUCCAGUCUCCAGACCCUGGUCUGCAGCCGCAGUCUCCACACGCUACAGGAGCUGCUGUCGGGGCUGGGCGGGGACCAGAGCUGUGCCCUGCCCUGGCUGGCCCUGCUGCGCGCCCACUUCAGCCACAAUGCGCUCACCUGCCUGGACGGCUCCCUGGACCUUCUGAGCGCCGUGCGAGUCCUUGACCUGAGCCACAACCGCAUCCGCCGCUGUGACACCUUCCUCACCGCGCUGGGCGACCUCUCGCACCUGGACCUGUCCUACAACGUGCUGUGCUCCGUGCCGCUGGGACCCCCGGGCGUCACCCUGGGGACCCUGAUCUUGCGAGGGAACGAAUUGCGUGGCCUUGCCGGACUGGAGCUCCUCGAGGCCCUGGAACACCUGGACGUGGCCUACAACCUGCUGGAGACCCACGGGGAGCUGGAGCCCCUGGGUCGGCUGGGCCGGCUCCGGCGGCUGCACCUGGAAGGAAACCCGCUGUGGUUCCACCCGGAUCACCGAGCGGCCACGGCCCGGAGACUCUCGCCCCGCGCCACGGCCAACGUGCCGCCUCCGGGAUUUCUCCUAGAUGGAGCCGUCCUGUCGCCGGCCGACCUGCGGCGCACCCCUCCGGCUCCUGGACCCCCGGCCCCUCCACGCGCCCCCCAACCCCGAGGGACCCCGGAGAGCGGCCGAGGCGCUGUGCUGAGCGACAGCCCCCCCCGGGGGGUCGGGGGCACCCGGCCCACCCCCCUCCGCAGGCCUAAGAGCCGCGUGCGGGUGAGGCGGGCCAGCAUCUCGGAGCCGAGCGACACCGACCUGGACCCCCGGACCCCGGACCCCUCGCCCGCUGGCCUGUUCGUGGAGCAGCAGCGGCGGGAGCUGGAGCUGCUGAGUAGUUUCCGGGAGCGAUUCGGCCAGGACUGGCUGCGGUAUCGGAGCCGCCUGGAAAACCCCGCCGGGAGCCCACCCCCGGACCCCCCGACGGCGCUCAGCACACCCACCCCGCAGGACACCCCCAAGGAGACCCCCCGACAGCCGGGGGACAGCGGCAGCGGCACGGAGGAGGACCAGGAGGAGGAGGAGGAGGAGGAGGACGACGACGACGGUGACCAGGAGCAGGAGGAAGGGUCAGCGGAGCUGUGCGGCCCGGUGCUGGUGAGGCCCGUUGAGGGCGCGGGGCCGGACCGCUUCCUGCGGGUCACCCCCUGCCACGUGCUGGAACUGGAGCUGCGGGCCGCCCGCGUCCUGCGACGCUUCCCCCUGCGCCACCUGUGCCGCCUGGAGCCCGGCACCGCCGCCCACCCGGCCCUGGGCCCGGAGCGGCUCGUCCCCUGCCUCAACCUCCACUUCUCCGCCGUCCGGCCCGGCCCGCGCGUCCGGCGCUACCUGAUCCUCGAGGACGACGCCGAGGCCCGUCUGCAGGAGCUCCUGGCGGUCUUGGCCCCCGCGGCCGCCGCGACGCGACAGCGACUCGGGGAGGCGGGGACCCCGGGAAGACCCUCCGGGGCCACCAGGCUCCACUGCCUGCGUUGCGGCCAUGUGCUGGACCCCGCGCCCGCCGGGCCGGACACCGACCCGGCCGCCCGGCCCCGACAUCCCACCACACCGGCGUCCGCGCCCAUGUGCCCGUGCUGUGGGAGCGACCACGUGGUGAUGCUGUCCAUGCCUGCGGUCGAAGAGCUGGGUUCGGGGGGCGACCGGCCGAGGGACGGAGGAGACGGGGCCGGGGAAGAGGGGAAGGGGUCGGGGCCGGCCCCCCUCCGCACCCCCAGCCCCACGGCUGCCUCCCCGGGGACCCACGGGGGAGAUGGGCCUACCCUCGGGGUGCCCCCGCCGCACCCCGAAUCCGACACCUGGGAUCUCGGGCCUCGGCCCGGCCCCCGGGGUCUCCGGGGGGUGGACCACCGCCUCCGGCUCUUCCUCGACAUGGAGGUGUUUGGCGACGCCGAUGAAGAGUUCCAGUUCUGCCUGCAGGUGCCUCUGGUCCUGGGAGGCCGCGCUGGAGAAUUCCCGGCCUUGGUGGCGGCUUCGGACCGCCGGCUUUAUCUCCUGGAAGUGACCGGGGAAAUCCGAGGGGAGCCGUCGGGCUGGCUGCGUCCGUGCCGGGCCUUUCCCCCGCAGGACUUGCGUCUGGUGGAACUGGGCCUGGCGGGGCAGAGCGUGAGGCUGUACUGGACGUCGGACGGCGUCGCCGGGCCGGGCUGCGUCCUGCUGACCCGGGAUCCCGAAACCUGCCGGACCUUCCUGCGGGAGAUGGACGAUCUGUUGCAGGUGCAGGCCUCGGGCCGCAAGGGCCCCGUCACCCCGGUCACCGUGGAAACGAUGACCCCGCAACACCGUCUCUGGCCCCUUCUGGACCCUGAUUCGAGACCCGAAGACCCCCGCUUCUUCUACGUGCUGGCGUUCCUGAUGGAAGGCCGGACCCCGCGGCCAGUGUCGGUGCUCAUCACACCCACCGCCCUGUACCUGCUGGACGAGGACCACCAGCGGCCGGCGGCCGGGGGGGAGUCGGCGGGCGUGCGGGUGAGGGAGCGGCAGCCCAUCAGCAGCCUCAGCUCGGUGGUCCUCUCCCGCUGCGCCCCCCGGGACGUCCGGUUGGUGUUCUACGAUGAGGUCAUCCGGGCGGAGAACUUCUGGGCCCUGCGAGUGGGAAAUCCGGAGCUGCUGUCCGAGCUUUUAGCCUGGAUCCGCGGCCCCUGGGAAGAGCUCUUCUCCAUCAGCCUGCGGACCCUCACCCGAGAUGCCCCUGACCCGACCCCUGACCCCUGACCCCUGACCCCACCUGGGACCCGAAGCCAUUUGGGACCCUCCGGGGAGCGGAGGUGGCAUCGUUUCCUCAGGACUCAAUAAAUCCUUGUUUUUUGUGUGCUUC